AUGGAAUUCACUCCGACAAGGAGCACUACUAGUCACGUUUGGAUCGCCCCGACGCCUGUGGAUGUAGAAGCACCGAAACAAAAUGGGCUGAUGGUCCCACCAAGUCGAAGGCUGUAUGCAAAUAUCCUCGUCGUGGUACUGCAAGCGGUGCAAUUCGGCUGGUCUACCUCUCAAAUGAACAAUUCGAUCUUCAACAACGAGGUUGACUGCAAUGCGAGACCAGUCGCACCCGGCACUUGCCUCAUGUUCCCCGGUCAUACGAAGACAGAGUGGACAGUUGCAGUCAGUUCCUGGAUCGUUGGGGGUAUGAUUGGCAGUCUCUUGACCGGACGCGUCUCGAAUAAGUUUGGACGCAAACCAACUAUGAUGGCGAACUGCAUCUUCAUGAUUGUAGGAGCACUUGUGCAGGCAACUUCGAGUACUAUCACAAUUUUCACUAUUGGACGAGUCUUUGCAGGCAUCGCAGCGGGCGGCUCGACCGCUGUAAUCCCCGGAUUCAUUGGCGAAAUUUGUCCACCGCAUCUUCGGAGCAAGUUGGGGGUGUGUUUCCAGAUAUCCAUUACGCUCGGCCAUCUUUUAGUUGCGAUCACGUUCUUCUUUGCUAGCACAAGUUCCGGUUGGCGGUACAUCGCAGCCUUUCCAACCGUGCUCGCGUUCUUAUUCUUGGUGCUGGCACCGUUCGUCUUAGUGGAAAGUCCGGCGUGGUUAUUAACGGUCGGGCAGCCAGUGCUCGCGGAAAUGGAGUUCGCCCGUCUCUAUGGUCCGGAAAACAUCUUUUUAACGAAGAAGUGGAUGGUGCAGGACGAGGUGGCUCCACGGGUGGGUAUGGGCAGUGAGUAUAUCAUGCCAAUGCAAGACCUCGCAAUGUCGAUGUCAAAAGACUUGCGCAAGCAGCGCAAUUUUACUAAACUGUUCUCACCCGCUAUUAUUCGACAGCUUUUGGUAGCGAUUGGCGUGGCCGGGGCGCAGCAGCUUACGGGUGUCAAUGCUGUGUUCUUCUAUUCAUCUGGUAUAUUCAAGCAAGCAGGACUCGCCGAUGGUCGCAUCGGUGUGUUGUUGGUCAAUUUUGUAAACGUUCUGCCGACCUUGUUCUGUGGCCUGCUAUCGGCACGUCUGGGUAACCGCAAACUUAUCCUGUUUGGAUUCGUGGGAAUGUUCUUGAGUGCAGUCGGGAUGACAGCUGCUCUGGUUGGACAUGUGCCCACACUUGCUAUCGUAUUUACAGCUCUCUACGUGACUACGUUCGGUUCGAGUCUCGGACCUCUGGCAUGGGGAGUAAUGGCCGACCUUUUUCCAGACGAUGUCCGAGCCAUGGGAUGCUCAAUUUGCGUCGGGUGCAGCUGGUUAUGUAGCCUUGCAGUGGGCGUUGGCUAUCCGUACAUUGCCGCUGCCUUUGGAAACUACAGCUUCGUGCCUUUCUUGUGCACGGUUACAAUGGCGUUCCUCUUUGUACACAGCUUCGUUCCGGAGACCUAUGGUAAGACCAUACAGGAAAUUCAGGAUGAAUUUAUAGCGCGCAAGAGCCGCAAGUCAUGUAGCAGUCAGAUAGCUGUGCUUGGAUGA